CUGUUUUACUAAGGAGUUUUUAUCCCCGGCGAGGUGUAAUAAUUAUCCAAAGGGAAUAAAAAUAAUAAAGAUUUAGACAACGGUGAAUUUCAUCCCUACUGGAUGCUAGCGAGCGGGUUAGCAAAAGAGAAGCGACGUCCAGGCAUGGGACGUUGUCUCUUUCCUUUGGUUCACGUUUCGUCUGUUUUUCCCUGCCACAGUACGGCCUAAUCGUGUAAUUUGCUACGUUUACACACCAGCAGGAGCGACGGAAAUCAUGGGUGGUGUCAAACACGAGCACAAUGAUGCUCCGCAGCAGCCCAGAGCCUCGCAGUCCACAGAACAGCCUCAAGAAGAGCCGAAGAAACGAGGAUGGCCCAAGGGAAAGAAAAGGAAGAAAGUGCUACCCAAUGGUCCCAAGGCGCCAGUUACCGGCUAUGUCCGCUUCUUGAAUGAGCGGCGAGAAGUAAUGCGGGCCAGAUAUCCCGACCUGCCAUUCCCGGAAAUCACAAAGCGGCUCGGAGCAGAAUGGACGCGAUUAGCACCAAACGAUAAACAGCGUUUCCUGGACGAGGCAGAGCGGGAGAAGAUGCAGUAUGCCCAGGAGCUGAAGGAAUAUCAUCAGACGGAAGCAUAUCAGAUCACUAGUACGAAGCUACAAGACAAGCGGAUUAAAAAAGAUUGUCUUUCAGAGGACAAUCCGUCUGUUAUUAUCAGCGCCAGUUCAGGCAUACCAAAGACUUCUGAACUCCCAAGCAGGUUUGACAUACCGAUCUUCACAGAGGAGUUCCUUGAUCAAAACAAAGCUCGAGAGGCGGAGCUACGUCGACUUCGCAAGGCCAACGUGGAGUUUGAAGAGCAGAACGCGGUGCUGCAGAGGCACAUCAAAGACAUGUACAACGCCAAAGAACGCCUGGAGGCCGAGCUGAGCCAGGACGAGAAGCGCACGCAGGCUCUUCACCAGCAUUUGCUGGCCAUUAAACACACGCUAGUCAACAGCUUGUCUGCUGUGCCGCUACCAGGCACAGGUGAGACAGCGUCCCUCGGAAACCUGGAUUCAUAUCUCAGUCGGCUCAGCGGCGCACUUGAAGGGAAUCCUCACAAGCACAGGGCAUUGCUCACACAGCUUUGUGAUGUCCUCUCUCACCUAGACAGUGAGAAGUUGUAGGACAGCCGCACAACCUCUCCCACCUGUCAAGUCAUUCCUGCACCGGGCAAGAUGUUGUCAGGUGGAAAUGGCGCCACUUGGGCCGAUGGUACGGACGUCACGAAGAAUGGAAAAGGCAGUGCCAUGAAUACGGCUGUCAAAGUGUGCAAAGCUCCUCUUCUGCUCAAAUUUGUGAGUUCUUUUAGGUAUGAAGAAAGUAUCUCAUAAUGCAUACGUUUUGCUUAUUUUAACGAAGAGUUUACAAGUAAUGCCGUAUGGCAUUGGUGGCUGGGAUCAUUUGUGUACGCAGUGUUAUUAAAGGGAAUCACUGACAGAAAGACUUGUAGUUAUUAAAAGAUAAAUGUUAGGAUGAGUCAUAAUAAUUUGAUAUUAAAAUCACUCGAUUUUUUCGUUUUUAUAAAAUUUAUAAAAUUAGUUUAACUACUAGGUCGCCAUUAUUGUUGACGUCGCAAUGCACUGUGAGUGGUGACGUCAAAGGGUUGUAUCUGUUUAGCCUUUACAAUUUGAACCCGAGAGGAACAUCAAUGAGCAGGACAGCACUAGCAACAGUUCACAAAAAGAGCAGCAAAAGCAAAAUGAACAGGAAAGACGGGAUGAGACGAGAUGAGAGUCAGAUAAAACAGGUAGUGUUCAUGUGGCACGUUCGUCUAGUGACUGACAGCUGUCAAGAACUCCAGUUUUUGUUUGCAGAUCUUCUUGUGUGAUCAAACUUGUUUCAAUAUAAUUAUCGAGAAUGUUAGCACCCAGAGCUGUCGUGUACUUAAUAUAUAAUUAGGAUAUGCAGUAAGCCUGAACGAUAUAUCGUUUAAACAUCGCCAUCGCGAUGUGUGCGUGCGCAAUAGUCCCAUCGCAAGGACGUGCGGUAGUUUUUAUUUUUUUUAAUCCACAUACGCCCUGCUUUCUGCUCUGCGCAGAGCCUCACACGCUCUUUGAACCUCACAGUCACUGCAGCACUUGCUUAUUAAAGUUAACGAUGCUGGUAUCUUUGAUCUUGCCAAAGAGGCGGACAUCACAGCGCGGCAGCUGUCAAUCAUCGUUCAACUUGUUAAACAGUUUCUGCAAGGAAGCCGCUUUGGAAUGAAUGUGUCUGUGUGUGUGUGUGUGUGUUUGUGUGUGGAGACGUUUGAGACAUAUAAAUUAAAUGCCAGAAGUGAUCAUGAGGAGUUAAUAAUUUCUACAUGUCCACCAAGAGUCACAGCUAAGGUAGAUAAACAGAAGUAUUUAAUAAAGCCAAGCAUUUUUCUACUACAGUACUUUAUUCUUGUUCAAAAUGGAUUUGGUUGGACAGUUAUGUUUAAAACUGAUCAUAAUUAUUACAUUUGAAGUGCUUAAAACCAUUUAUUAAAAUAUAUAUAUACAUUAUGUGUAUGUAUAUAUAUAUAUAUAUAUAUAUAUAUAUAUAUAUAUAUAUAUAUAUAUAUAUAUAUAUAUAUAUAUACAUACAUACAUAAUGUAUGUAUAUUAAUCAUACUUUGGGGAAAAGGUGAGGAAAAAACAUGCCUUAUAUGUAUCUCUUUCCAAUGCUAAAUCUGAAUAAAUACAUUGAGCACACACACACAAAAAUAAAAAUUUGGGGGGCGGGGUGCGCAACUUUGCGGUUUUUCACUUAUCGCGGCGGGUUCUGGUCCCCAUUAACCGCGAAAAACGAGGGAUCACUGUACACUGGUCAUUGUGAGUCAUCCAAAGUCUUUCCAAACAGCUAUUCAAGUCAUCUAGUCAAAAUUUCUUUUAAAAAAAUAUAUAUAUAUUUUUUUUAAUAUUGCAAUAUAAUAUCGCAAACCCCCCCAAAAAAUCCCAGCAAUAGUUUUUUCCAAUAUCAUUCAGGCCUAAUAUGCAGUGAAACACAUCAGUUUAUUCUGAUUUUCAUUAUUAUUAUUAAUAAACUUUGAGACCGUUUGCCUCAACUGAGAUGUCUAAUGGGCUCUGCCUCCGUGACCGAGAGAGUGCUGCCUUAUCAACCAUCAUUGUCACGUAAAAGCCCUGUCCAGAUUGAUGAUCGUCUUGCCAGUGUUCUCAGAUUUUGCUCCCUUGUCAGAUGUUGCUCCCGAAGCUUUUGUGGGGGUGAAUAAGCACUCUUUAACAUUCAGUGGGACUCUCAUUAUACAAAUGUGCAAAAUAGACAAUUUACACCAUAAAAAUGCAUAAACAACCUGAAUAUGGUGUAAAUAAAUGCGGAUAAGCGACACAGAAAACGAAUGAAUGUAUUAGAUUUGCUUUAAUUGCUGGCUAUUCGUAUAAUUUUCUGCCCAACAGAUUAUAAUGACACCAUAUUUUGCACAUUGAGAUAUAAAAGGACUGUCGUUUCCUUUAGUUGUACUUAAAGCACCUUCUUUACAUGCAGCUAGCGUUCAAGACCACACUGUUUAGUAACAUUAACAACACAAGGACCAUGUUAUUUUUCUCUGGAUCGAUAUUAUGUGUAUUGUUUAUCAAUCUAUUAGCUGUAAUCAAUAACUCAAGUCCUCAGAUGAAAAUAAAAAAAUCUGUUACGGUCCGCGAAUGCGGAAGCAAUGUUGGACCCCAAAGCAGACAGCAAUAACAGAGGGAUUGCGUAAAAGGGUUUAUUGAACACACAAAAAACACGCGAUCGCGAAAAGGGAGACAAAAAAAAUGUAAAACCACGGUGAGAGGCAGACAAACAAAAAAAACAAGGCAAUGAUGCAACUAACAACGAAGGGAUCAGGAAUACUAACUCUCAAAUCAAAGUCAAUAUCUCGACAGCCCGCCUAGGAUUGGUUUAAAGACACUGUUGAUGAGCCGGAAUUGGAUGCAGGUACCACUUUGGGAACUCAUCCCACAGCUCUGUAACAAAACAAUCUGACCAGCAGCAAAAUGUGACAAAAUCAUGCCAGUCGUCGUACUAGUUUCGCUAGUAUAGAGAACAGCUAAUCUCCCAGUACAACCCAACCGCAUCGUCACUCCCAGUGUGCAUUGCGCGCAUAAAUCAUAGCGCCAUCUGUAGGUCAGAGCAUCCUAAAUAUUAUAGAUCUUUAAAUAUAUGGCAAUAUUUUUUGUUUCUAAUAACAUAUUUUAGUAAAAGAGAACAACUGUGGUUUAUUAGAGCCGACAAGUCUUAAAGUCCGUGGUUCCCUUUUACAAUAUCUAAAAAUGAAACAAGGAUUAUGCUUUUGACGUGAUCAUGGAAUGUUGUUAUAUCAUUUUGAUAUUUUUUCUUGUGAAUUGUGUUUGUAAUGUUUCCAGAAUGCUGUUUGAAACUGUGCUGAAAAUAUUUCCAAUAUAUCAUAAGCAAUUAAAUCUUUUUGUCAUUUCUGUCAUCGUUCAAUCAGUGAGCAGUUAAUUGGGUAUAUUAACACAGUACACCCGCGGUCAUAAGUUUUAAGACUUUUCACCAACUUUUAACCGAUGGUGUAUGUGCAUUCCAGUGGGCUGCAUUUCUGCCAAGGGCUCGCUGAAUUUCUCAUGAGGGAGCAGCUAGGCUGCAUUUAGACUCCAGGCAUAUCUGAUUCCAAUCAGAUUCUUUCUCAAAUCUGAUAUUUAGGGCUGACUGUUCACACUAUUUUUAGCAAAUGUCCAAAUCCGAUCUGGACCUGUUCAGACUGGGCCACAUUAUUGACACAUCUGGCAGGUUGCUGUGGCAACGAAGGUGUCAUCCACCAUAGGGUGACGUCACGGACAGCCAAAUCCCAUCUGAACUGUUCAGACUGAGAAGCAUCUUGUCCAUAUAAGAUACGAAACUACCUCCUGCAUGUGAUUUCAAUCCGUCACGCAAAAAUCAGAUUUCUGUGCUUUGUGACUGUUCAGACUACAAAAGACCCAUGCAGUUUCAAUCUGGAUGGACUAAAAAUCCGAUUUUGACUGCUAAUCUGAAGCUACGUCUACACUAGGACGGAUUUUUUUUUUUUACCUUGUAAAUCGGACAAUAUUUUGUUAUCUAUCCACAAUACGUUUAAGGUGCGUUUAUAAACGCCACGCUCCUACAAAUGACGCUUGCAUUUGCACAAAAUACGCCUGCGCAAAAAGGAGCAGCCUUGGGUGUGAAAUCAUCGUCCGCGAAGGUCACCUCUUAACUCUGAACAUGAUGCAUAUAAUAUUUUAUGUUGUUGGAUGUCUUCUCCGUACGUAUUGAAGCGUAAAAUUUACAGGCUCCUUCAGUUGUAAAAAAAAAAAAAAAAAAAGGAGCAGGAAAGCUGCGUCUGGACCAUUCACCUCCAUUGUUUACAAUGCCGCGAUGGCGUGCUCCGUGAUGUCACUUCCUUUGUAUCCGAUUAUUAUUAGGAUAGCCCUGGCUAUACUAGGCGACCCUGUGUAAUAAAAUCUCCGGACAAGAGGUACAUUAGCUGACAGGCCGUAUAGUCUAAUUACAGAUUUAAGGCCAUUAUCCUUCCUAGUGUAGACGUCCCCUCAACAAGGCCUUAGUUCCAGUACAUGAUUUGUGUUCAAAUGACAGCCGUUAGACUGUCUUGACAAAAUGAUAAAACACAGUUUGAGGGAGUUGUUAACUGACAAUUCUUCAUAUUGUGAUUGUAGUGUACUGUAGCAUUAAGAGCAUUUUCUUAAAGUUUUCCACCAUAUUUAGGCUAAAUACCGUCACCAAAAAUAAAGAUACAACCAUGUAAUGAAUUAGGGUAGCAUUCUCAAAGAGCAAACUCAACCUAAGGAGUCAAAUUCAAAGACUUGCCAUAUUUCUGACCUCUGUGACAUUUGACCCUUUUUCUCUUCAGCAUAUCACUGAACCUGAAACUUUUAAGUCAAAUAAGCAAACCUGGCAUCAACUUGAUGCAAAAUACAUGUUCUGACCUCUUUGACCUCAUUACCCUCAAUUUAAUCACCUCUUCUGUUUUGUAUUCCAAACAUCCUGCAAGUUUGACAGUAAUCCCUUUAAUCGUUCUUAUGUUACUGUCUUAAACACAGACACCCAAACCAGACAUGGAACUGAAUUUAUAACCCAUGCCUUCCGUAGGUUUUACCUACUGGCGGAGGUAAUAAGCAUGGUACAUUAAAUGUAUACUGAUUAAGUUUUGUAUUUGUUCUUGUUAAAAGUGUGCAGCUAUACAAGCAAAAAAUGGAACCCAGUGAUUUGGACGGGCAGUUUUAGUCCAAUUGUAAUUGAUAAUGGCUUCCAGCAGUAGGCACUGUUGGCCUGUUUUGGUUUUCAAUACGAUACUUCAGACAAACUCAGUGGCUGUCAGUGUGUAAGCGUAUAUAUACCCCCCCCCCCCCCCCAACAUACAUACACAGUGUGUCUAAAAAUGUAUACAACCCUGACAGCUAAAUAAUAUAAUUAUCAUUCAUUUUCAUUUGUUUAUUUGAUUAGGACAAUGCACAUUGAUCAAUGCAUCAGUAAAAAAAAAAAAAAAACAUCGAUAUGAAUAUGCCGUAGUUAGCAUGGCAGCAAAAUUUCAUCGGUUGUCCUAAGGCAGGUAUUCUAUAAACAAUAAAAUAAAUAAUAUAGCCUAACAUAUCAUGCAGACAUAAUAUCCAUGCAUCGUAAACACAGAAUACUGUACACACAAAUCUACACAAGAAAGUAAAAACCAUGUUCACACUUUACACAUUCAUUAAAAUCAUAAAUGGGAGCUGGUCUGGUUUGUUUUCAGGCACUGUUUAACGGUCAAUUUGAAGGUGUUGAUAUUGUCACACAGUCUGAUUUGAUCUGGCAGUCUAUUCCAGGACAAUGUUCCUCUAAUGGACACCACCAUUUGACUUAAUUUAAGUAUAUGCCAUUUCACCCCACAGUCCCUUUUUGCCAGUGCACUUGUGCUUAUUUGUGAAGAUUUUUUUCUCCAUGCAUGAAGUGCUAUAAUGGUGGAGGGGCUAGUUCAUUCAAAACCUUAAAAAUGAGACAUCUAAAAAAUAAAAUAAAAAAAAAAACCUGAUAGCUAUCAAAGUCCAGUAAUUGGUGUUUCUUGACAAUGUUACAUUGGUGGUGAUACAUUGGCUUUUUAAUCAAGAACUUUUAAAUUGGUUUUAGAUUGUUCUCUGAUGUUUGAGACUAUGUGUAAUAGUAGUAAAGGUGAGGACAUGUGUAUAUACCUAAACCUUUGAAGCCGCCGUCGGUAGAUAAGGUCUUAUGUGUUUAAAAUUAGACAAACUAGCUUUAACUUUGUGUUACUUUUUUAUCAUGCUGCUUAAAAUUAAGACUAAAGUCAAAGAUUUCCCCAAGGUAUUUAAAAUGAUCGAACUCGUCAACAAUUGACAGAAAGCUGAGAGUCCACCCUUUCAAAAUGGAUUGGAUGGUUAGUGCCAUCAAUGGCAUUGAAACAUUAGUAUUGACAACCAAUCCUCCCAGUUUAAAUGAAUUGGACGUCUAUCAUUGUCCAAAAAACCCUUUAUGAGUGCUAUUGGGGGCCAUAUUUCUGUUUUUAUUAAUUGUUUUUAUUACAUAAUUUUAUUUAUUCAUAAAACAAUGCUGUAUAUAAAUCCAUUCCAAAUAGUUUUUCCUCUUAGGGGUCGCCACUGUAGUACAAUCAAUUCACAUGGUAGAUUUGGAUUUUAACAUUUAGGUCAGAUACAGUUUCUCAAAAGGUAUAGCCAAUUGACAGUUUUGACCUCAUUUUCUUUUUUAGUGACCCAAAUUUAGUAUAGAGUCAUUACUUUUAUCUAGGGAGCGUUUUGCUUGCAGACCAGUGUAAUCAUUAAAAAAUAUAUAUAUUCUUAACUAAGAGUCUACAUAUGUGAACAUCACAUUUUGGGGCAUGUAGGUCAUAGCUGCAUACCAAACGUUAAGAUACCCAAAUAACCCGAAGUAUGACGAUCCCGUAAGUAUAAGCAGAGUUAAGGGGGGGGGGGGGCAGGUCUUAGCACCUUAGACGGUCAGUUACUUUGCAUAUUAUUUUUUUAAAAAAUAAAAAAUUAGAGGAGGGCAAUUUUAUUUUUCAAAUGAUGUUUUUCUUUGUUUGAAAAUUUUUUUUUGAUUGAAGAAACUUUUUGGGGGAUUGGAUGAUUUAGACACAAAUGUUCUACCUAUAAUAUGGCCCAAACACAAAAAGGAUUGCUAAAAUCAAAGAACACUUUUUAAAUUAACAAUUAUUCAAAUGCAAAAAUUUGAGUCUCAAAUAUUUUUUCGCAUUCAAAUACUUCUUUUCUAUGACUGAAAUGUUUCUUUUUUUAAAGUUAUUUUUCGUUUGAAAAUAUAUAUUUUUUGUUUGAAGCAAAUUAUUUUUUGAUUGAAUAACAAAGACACAAAUGUCCUAGCCAAAACGUGGCCCAAACGCAAAACAACAUUACUUCAAUUAAAGAAGUUGCUUCACUCCAAAAAAAAUUGACUUCAAUAAAAAAUAAAAAAAAACUAAGAAAAAUAGCUUUCAAAUGUACUUUUUUGAGUUUUUGCAUUCAAACUCAAUUUUUUGAUCGAAUAAUGAAGACACAAAUCUACCUCCUUGUGGCUCCACCCAGGGGAUACAAUUUUUGACUGGGGUAACUACAUUGGCAUUUUUGUCUUUGUUUUUAAUGACCAAAGCUAAUGAGUUUUGCAUUGUGUAUUAGCAUUAAGUUUGCAAACACCCAAGUUAAGCAGUUAUUUUAAAUACUGUGGCUAUGUGUAAUUCUAUUUUUUUAUAUUUUGGUUUUGCAGUAAAUUUUAACUGGGAGUUAAACUAAACCGUUUUUAAGACUUUUUCCCACUUAACUGUAUCGUAAUUCAGGGGUCGACAAUAUAGAUUGCCCGGUGACCGUCAGGGGCACCAGAAUGCUCCCACCACUGGUUAUGGCCUCCACUGCUGCUGAUUGAUAGUCUCAGUACCCACCUAAUGUUAUACAACAAGACGACAUGUGUCUGAAACACCCAGAACCUGGCACAGCACCAGGGAAAAAGACCACUCGAGAAAGAUCAAGUCACCAGAGAAGUUGAGGGAAAGCGAAAUCCAAUAUGAAAAGAAGUUUCAUCCCCAGUGGCGAGACCGCUGGAAUUGGCUCGGCUAUGAGACAAAAAACGAGGUUUACUGUGAGGUGUGCAGAUCAAUGCCCAUAUAUGCAGAGCAGUAAGUUCAAGAGAACAAUGAAUAAAACCUUUGUUAUGAACACAACUUGUUAAUUAAUCCACGUGAUUACGGAGAAAAUAAUAUCGUCAUUACGAUGGUUUAGCUUGAAAAUCAUUGGCCAUAAUUGCUUUAGUCAUCUCUUUGACUUCUAAAUUGUUUCCAAGACAACCGAGCUGGGGGUAUCUUCCAGUUGUCUGGAACUCUAGACUCACCGCUGUUCCAGCGAUAGAGUCUGGCGACCGUUCCGCGGAUCAAAUUUCAAGGGCGGAGCAAGCCACAACAAACACAGCGGAGUGGACCAAUCAGCAACGGGCGAACAUGACGUUGGUAAAGCAACAAGAAACUCUAGCGCAAGGAAAUAAACAUACGAAGAGAACGGAAAAGUUUAUUUAACAUGGCUAGCGCUGUUGGUUUUAGUGACUCGAUGUGUUUUUGGUCAUUUAAGAUUUAAUUUACCGCGGAUUGCAACAUAUUCUCGUCUUUCCAGUUCCCCAUCUGUGUUGUUCUGGAGACGACUUCCAACGCGCAAGAGUGACGUUGCUCGUGAAGAACACAUCACGCAAAUAAACGAAUUUGA